AUGGGCUUUAAUUUAGUGGACCAUAGCGUUAUUAUAAACGAACUUGGAAAUCUUAAUGUCCACCUUGUCCUUACCCGCUGGAUUAAAGCGUUCUUGACCAACCAUCAACAAUGUGUCAAAGUGGAUUGCCAUGAAUCCUCGUGGAAAACUGCAAAUGGAGGUUUACCCCAGGGAAUAUGUCUGGGUCCUCUUCUAUUUGCUUUCUUGGUUAACCCAUUAUUAAAGGACUGGAAUGGUCGUCUAAAAUUUGUCGAUGAUACAACAGCAUUGGAAGUAGUCCCAAGGUGCUCUCCUAGUCUAUUGCCUUUAGUUGUUGAAGAAAUCUCCAAAUUCCCAAAAAUGCAAAGAAAUGAUUAG